CACCCACAGCCUAAAGCGCCCAGCGAUCUCCCCGCCGCCGCUGCCUCGUUCGCGCUCGCCUUUUCUUCCCCUCCCUUCCCUCGAUUGUCCAACAAGUCGCACUACCAGCACCAUCUGCUCCCCCCGCCUGCCUCCUCCCUCCGCUACACGCUGUGGCCGCUUCCACGUCCACCGUCAUUUUGCUGCUCACAGCUCCCCGUCUCCUGGGUUGCCAUUACGACACCGACCUUGGCGGGUCGGUUCUAUGUGAUUGCUUGCGGCCCUUCCUUUUACCCGGCCCGGCAGGCCCCAGCCGACCUGUCCAUAUCCCUCCUUUUAUCUAUCUGUAACGGCUGGACUUCCAAAUCAAAAGAAACGGCUGCCGACAUAGCAGGUUUUGUUGUCGCCUCGGGAGAUCUAUAAAUAGUGUGGGUGAGGGAUAAAUAAAAGUGAUGCCUCCUGUAUCUCCUCUCCUCUUAAGGCCACCCUUCUCCGCCUCUGUAGUUCUCUGCAUUGUGGCAUCUUGAAGCUUGAUUCCCAUGUCUUCUACAAAUCUUUCUUAUGUAGAGAUUGAAAUUUUCUACUUGGAUUUGCAAGAGGAGAAUAAAUGCAAUGGCUAAGCCUAUAUGCUCAAGGUUUAUUCAUUUGGAAGAUUCUCAAGAUGUGGCAAAUGCUUCAAAUGGUUUUAAAUUUCGCUUCAUCUCCUAUAACAUUCUGGCACAGGUUUAUGUGAAGAGUUCUUAUUUUCAGCAUUCUCCAUCUUCCUGUCUCAAGUGGAAAGCUCGUUCACAAGCUAUUCUAAUGGAUUUCAAGAACUUUGAUGCUGAUUUUCUUUGUAUACAGGAGUUGGAUGAGUACAGUACCUUUUACAAAAGUAACAUGGAGAACCUUGGAUAUUUAAGCCUUUAUAUUAAAAGAAGUGGACAGAAACGUGAUGGUUGCGGGAUCUUUUACAAACCUAGCAGUGCACAGUUGCUCCAAAUGGAGGAAAUUGAUUAUAAUGAUCUUGUUAAUUGUGCGAGUGCCCUAAAUGAGAUAGGGAACAACAAAGUAUUGGAUCUUGAAACUAGGGAUGCACCAAUAGAAGAGUUAUCAAGGAAGCAGCAAUCUGACGAUCCACAUGUGAGAUUAAAACGUGACUGUGUGGGUUUACUAGCAGCAUUUCAGCUAAAUGAUUCAUCAAAUCACAUUAUUGUUGUGGCAAAUACUCACAUUUAUUGGGAUCCAAAUUGGGCUGAUAUAAAGCUUGCACAAGUGAAGUACCUUCUAUCCCGGCUUUCGCAGUUUAAAGAACUUGUUUCAAAUAAGUUCACUUGUAUACCUUUAGUGCUUGUUGCAGGUGAUUUUAAUUCUACUCCUGGAGACGAGGUCUAUCGGUACCUUGUAUCAGCUUCAGAAGUUGCACCUAUCCAAUUGCGUAGUCUUUACGCGGCACAUGGAGGGGAGCCAACAUUCACAAACUGUACCCCUGACUUUACGGGAACACUGGAUUAUAUUUUUUUGUCAGGUAGCCGCCUGAGAGCAGUGAGCCUACUAGAAGUGCCUGGGCCUGAAUCUGCUGAUGUCAUUGGUGGACUGCCCAAUCACCACCAUCCUAGCGAUCAUCUACCAAUUGGUGCCGAUUUUUCAGUCCUUCAAAGUCCAUGACAAAAAUAUGUACUUCAUUGAGUUGAAAUGGAUGGUAGAGAACAACAUUUGGCAUAUGCUGUCUCCACCUAAUGUAAUUUCACUGGUAAUAUAUGCGCAUCCAAAUGGUGUUGUCUGGA